AUGAUGGCCAAUAAAGCAAUGCCAGAAACAGAAGAACAGAACAGGAUAAGAUUUCAAGUAGAACUUGAAUUUGUUCAAUGUUUAGCAAAUCCUAAUUAUAUUCAUUUUUUGGCUCAACGCGGAUAUUUAAAAGAACAAACAUUUAUAAACUACAUCCGCUACCUACAGUACUGGCGAGAGCCUGAGUAUGCCCGUUACCUUAAGUACCCCAUGUGUCUUCACUUUUUGGAGUUAUUGCAGCAUGAGGCAUUUAGAAGAGAAUGUGUGUCAGCACAGGUAUGCAAAUUUAUGGAUGACCAGGCAAUAUUACUGUGGCAACAUUAUACACGGCGACGCACACGUACACUACAGCCACCAGACACGCCUGCUCCUCCUGCUCCACCAGCACCUCCACAACAAGGGCCUCCUAGACAACAAUCAUAA